AUGAUAUGUUUUCAACUUCUGCUACAUUGGUCUGUGGUGCCAGACAAUCUCACUUCUAGUACUAUUGCAUUUUCUAUUGACCUGCACUGUUCGUUUGGGAACAUUAAUUUACAUCUCUUUUUAAUUGUUAUGAAUUCGGCCUUGUGCACCCUGUGGGACAUUCGAAAGCCUGACCAAUUAUCUCAUUCAUUCGACAGAGCGCCCUUAGAUGUUGCCAAGCACCCUGUGGGACUCGAAAGCCUGACCAAUUAUCUCAUUCAUAAAUUUAUACUCAAUUCAGAGGAAGGUGUGAUUAAAGCUGGAUUGUGGGGCAUUGGUGGUAUUGGCAAGACCACAGUUGCCAAGGCUAUGUAUAAUCAAGUUUCUUCUAAAUUUGACGCUGCCUCCUUUGUGUUCAAUGUCCGUACUACUGCUGCAGAGGGCAGGGACUUGGCAAAAUUGCAGCAAAAAAUUCUUAAAGAUUUAAUCAAGUAUGAUGGAAAAGUGGACAGUGUGGACGAGGGCAUAUCCUUAUUCAGAGAUCGUUUGGGACGAAAACGUGUGCUUCUGAUUUUAGAUGAUGUGGAUAAUAGGGAGCAAUCAAAUGCUUUGGCUGGGGAUUGGCUGGCCCCUGGUAGCAGAGUUAUUCUUACUUCCAGAGACGGACACAUUCUUCACCUUGUGGGGGUCUCAUCUGAAUGCAUCCACGAGAUGAGUGGAUUGCAGAUAAAUGAAGCUCUCCAACUAUUUUGUUGGCACGCCUUUCUCAAAGCAUCUCCAAUUCCCACUCACGAAGAUCUGUCCAAUAGAAUAGUGGAAGUUUGUAAGGGUCAUCCUCUUUCACUAGAAGUGAUUGGAUCAUUCUUGUAUGAUAAGCAGAAUGACGAGGAUUGUUGGAGAGAAGCCUUACACAACAUAACUGUCCAUCCAGACAUCCAUGAAAGACUCAAAAUCAGUUACAAUGCUCUCAGUGAAGAUGAAAAAGAAAUAUUUCUCGACAUCGCUUGCUUUUUCAUCGGAGAACACAAAAGAUGUCCUGUUAUUUUCUGGGAAUCUUUGUACAGGAUGGUACACACAGCUAUACAUAAUCUUUCCCUGAAGUUGCUGAUAAAGAUUGAUGAGGAAGGUGUGUUUGAUAUGCAUGACCAUUUGAGAGAUAUGGGACGAACCAUCGCUGAAAGAGAAAGAGCGGGUACCCGACUGUGGGAGGCAGCUCAUUUAAGCAGGGGAGAAUCCAGUAACAACAAUUUCUCUCGCCUUCGACUCAUUGGAGGUAAUCCACAAAGGCCUGAAACAUUGUACGGAUCUGCUCUUCGAUUUCUUCACAUGGAGUAUGUGCCCAUUGACGGAAUCACGCGGGCCAUGCUUCCUCCAAGUCUGAGAUGGUUACGGUUGCGAGUUUGUGACAAGUCAUUUCACCUCAGUCUUGUGCGUAACAUUUGGCGUUAUGCAAUACAGAAUCUAUUUCACUUCAGUCUUGAGGAUAGGAUUUGGGAUUUGAGGAUAAUGCAAGUACACUGCGAUAUUUCAAACUUGCAAUAUUUAGUUUCUAAUAUUCUUGGCAACUUGUCACAGUUACAGCAUUUAGAGUUGACAAGCUGUACAAAUUUAAACAAUCUCCCUCAUAGCAUUGGCAAUCUGUCAAAUCUACAUUAUCUAAAUUUGAAAGGGUGUAAAAAAUUAAAUAAGCUCCCUCGUACCAUUGGCAACCUCUCCGAGCUGCAGCAUUUAGAGUUGAAAAGCUGUACAAAAUUAAACAAUCUCCCUCGUAGCAUGGACAAUCUGUCAAAGCCGCAGUGCCUAAAUUUGCAAGGGUGUAAAAAAUUAAAUAAGCUCCCUCUUACCAUUGGCAACCUUUCACAGCUGAAGCAUUUAGACUUGAUAUAUUGCGAAAAAUUACAUAACCUUUCUGAUGUCAUUGGCAACCUUUCACAGUUGAAGCAUUUAGACUUGACAUUUUGCAACAAAUUACAUAACCUCCCUGAUACCAUUGGUAACCUCUCAAAAUUGUCCGAACUAAAUUUGUUCUAUUGAAAAAAAUAAAUUACCUCCCUAAUACAAUUGGCAAUCUAUCAGAGCUGCACCAACUAGAUUUGAGGAGUUGUGAAAAUUUAAAUAAUCUCUUUGAUACCUUUGGCAACCUGUCAAAGCUGUCCGAACUAAAUUUAAAAAAGUGUAGAAAAUUAAAUAAC